GGCCAGCGGCCAAUGCUCUCUUAAAGGGAAACGGGGCAAUAAAGCAGCCCCUUCUCCAAGAGCCCGGCGGUGCCUUCCCCGGGGUUUAACCCCUUCUUCUCCAGACGCCGUAGAAGCGAGUGGAGGCCGAGCGCCGCGUUUCCGCGCGAGGAAGCCGGCCAGGCCCGUGUGCGCAGAGGGGGAGGCUUUCUUAUCACUUGGGAUCUCCGUACCGCUCCAGAGCAUUGUGCACUGCACUGUGAGGCUGCCAGCCACUCCAGCGUCCAUCUGAUGGAGAAUGUGGCAUCUUGCCUUCCGGCUGGGGCAGUAGCUGCUGUGCUGAAGCCCAGCGAGGGACUACCUGAAGGGAGCCUGACUGUACGUGGUUAUGACUUUGACCAUGGGCUGGACUACCACACCCUGCUCCAGUCUUAUCUGACCACAGGCUUUCAGGCCACCAACUUUGGGCAGGCUGUGAAUGAGAUCAACCGCAUGAUAGAAGCCAAGCUGACACCAUUGGGAGAGGAGGAAGGGAACCAUGCCAACCUGAAUCCCUGUCCUCGCCACCUAACUAGCUGCACAAUUUUCUUGGGCUUCACCUCCAACCUCAUCAGCUCAGGUAUCCGUGAGACCAUCCGCUACCUGGUGCAGCACAACAUGGUUGACAUUCUGGUAACUACAGCAGGUGGAGUUGAAGAAGACCUGAUCAAAUGCUUGGCACCCACCUACAUUGGAGACUUCAGUUUGCGUGGGAAAGAGCUCCGACAGAACGGGAUUAACAGGAUUGGGAAUCUGCUGGUGCCCAAUGAUAACUACUGCAAGUUUGAAGACUGGCUGAUGCCAAUCCUGGACCAGAUGGUGACAGAGCAGGACACAGAGGGUGUGAAGUGGACGCCAUCAAAGCUCAUUGCCCGGCUUGGCAAGGAAAUCAACAAUCCUGAAUCAGUCUGUUACUGGGCACAAAAGAACAGUAUCCCUGUGCUGAGUCCUGCGCUGACCGAUGGCUCCCUAGGAGACAUGAUUUUCUUCCACUCCUAUAAGAAGCCGGGCCUUGUGCUGGACAUUGUGGAAGAUCUGAGGCUUAUCAACACCCAGGCCAUCUUUGCCCAGAAGACAGGAAUGAUCAUCUUGGGUGGAGGUCUCGUCAAGCACCACAUUGCCAAUGCCAAUCUGAUGAGAAACGGAGCUGACUUUUCAGUGUAUAUCAACACGGCACAGGAGUUUGACGGCUCGGAUUCGGGAGCUCGGCCUGAUGAGGCGGUAUCCUGGGGGAAAAUACGUACGGAUGCAAAACCUGUCAAGGUUUAUGCCGAUGCUUCCCUGGUCUUCCCGCUGCUGGUCGCAGAGACUUUUGCCCAGAAGUCAAAUGCCUUUGCUCGAGAGAAGCAAAAUGACUAAGCGGAAGGCAUCUCAGAUGUCAGGAUCCUUCUGUACCUGCCCAGCCCAUAUGCACAACUCCGUAGUUGCUGGCACUCACGUGGGAACCGUACAGGUGAAGGCAAGAGAACCGCAACUACUAGAAGGCAAGAGAACCGCAACUGCUAGAAGGCAAGAGAACCGCAACUGCUAGAAGGCAAGAGAACUGCAACUCCGCACUAGAUCGCAUUCAGCUCUUUCUCCGUCCACCAUGAAUAAGGUCCGCACCCCAGUCGCUUCCUCUGAAAUCAGGUCUCUUCUCCUUGUUGCCCUUCAGAUCACAACCGUUGGGCAACUGCGUGUGUCAGGGGCAUAACUUCUUCCACCUUUCUCCUCUCGUGUCUCCUUCACCUGAAAACAGAGUGUUUGGGAGUGAAGACUGUUGGGGUUGUUUUCACAGCCUGCUUCUUCCGUGAUAGUGGGAUGGUCCCGGGAGUCGAGGGUGGCUCCUUUCCUUGUACCGGCUUUGGCUUGCAGACAAGCUUUGAGCGGCCCACGUCCUCUCUGUUCCUUCCCUUCCCUUCCGUCCCUUUCCCCCAUCAGCCCCCUCUUAAUUUAUUUAUUGGUGUUUUUCGUUUGGAAUCGCCCAAAAACCCCA